AUGUUGCUCAAAUUGGCCUUCGUUCUAGCCCUCGUUGUCGCGACCACAGCGUGUAGAUCCAACGGAGCCUGCGGAUGUUGUGGGUGUCGGGCGAAGGCGAAGGCUCGUGCUGCCAAUACAAAUCAUAUCGUAAUAUUCCCUUUCAAUAUUUGUAGAAAGUUUAUUUUCCAAAAAGGACUCUAUUCCCAGAGCGGCGAUACCGUGGAAGAAGACGAUCGUGACGACGGUAACAUCUUCGGGCUAAAGUUGUGGAACCAGACCGAUAUCAAAUUGAAUAGGUCCAAUAUUGCACGGUACACGAAUCCGAACUUCCUGUUCCACAGUUGCUGUGAAGAACGUCGUCUACCCGCUGCAUGCGUUCGAAAGUGCCACUUCAAUACUUACGAAAAAGAAGCGCUGGAAGCCAUGUUCAUCGGUACAGACGAGUGCCCCAUAGAUUUCCUGCCCGAGAUGCAGUUCUGUGCAGCCCAAGGAAUGGAUCAUAGAAAGUGCUGCUCUAACAAUGGCGUGAGUGGCUCAUCAGCCGGUGACAAGUGUCUAACAUUCUGUGAUCAAAGACCCGAUCACUAUACCCCAAUCGACUACAGCUAUGCUCCAUGCUAUGAUAGGUAA